AUUCACGAAAAGGCGGACAUGUUUGCGCGCGCUCUUGUCGGCUAUGCUACGAUGGAUGCUGAGGCGAUGGGCCGGGAUACCUUUAUUGAGCGAGUUAUCGAGGGAGGAAGAAAAAAACGCUACAUUACGCUGAACGACACAGGUGGUCAAGCAACGAGGAUCAGAUUGGAUAGGGCGAUGUAUAGCCAGAAGGCCAUCGUAAGUCGCGGAACUACCUGUUAUACGACCGAAAACAACAGCGUUGUCAAAUUCGCCUGGGCAUCGGGUAAACGGACGUCGGAGGUAGAGCACCUAACGCAAGCAAAGAAAAUGAAGGGAUUGCAAUUCUCAAAGCCUCACCCGUUUCUGAACGGGGGGGACGACCCUUCAUCGGCUUCAACAAGCACUAAUACACCGGGAUACAAGCGCAAAUCAUCGUCCGAUGCCACUAACAACACCGUAUCCAGAUCUAAUAAGAAGCAGCGAUCCGAUAGCCAGAAGGUAAUUCGAAAGCUGAGCAUCCAGCCGUCGUCGUCAACAAGCAAGAUUAAGCCGACCCUAUCUACGCCUAGCGAGGAACUGUGGGAAGAUCGGAUCUAUUCCUGCCUCGUCAUCUCACCUGCCGGUCGCGUCAUCAGUGAGUUUACCGAUAUCAAGCAACUGCUAGAAUCAAUGCGAGAUGCGAUCAAGGCGCACCAAUCUCUCUUCGUCACUGGCAAUAUUCUCCACCGCGAUAUCUCUCCAUCC